AUGAGGCCAAGGCUGUGGCCACUGGUGUGGCUGUGGCUGGCUGGGCCAGGGGCGAUAGAAACAGCCCCCAGCCUGGAGAGGGCCAAGGCCUUGGCCCCAGAAGCAGAGUCUCUGCCCUUCUUAGACAGACCUGACUUCUUUGAUUACCCCGACUCGGACCAAGCCAGGCUUCUGGCCCUAUCCCAGUUUAUUGGAGAGAAACCUGUCAUUUUUGCUACCUCAGGCUCCAGCUCCGACUUCUUCCACCACAUCCUGGUGGCCGCCCUGAUGCUGGCCUUCUUCUUCCUCCUUUUCCAGUUCUGCAGCCACAUGUAA